AUGGACCCAACUAUGUCUGACUGGACACCCCCCAGGGGGAUUUGCCCCCUGCUCUUCCCUCACAGCAGGUGGCAGCUAUUGGCCCCUGGAUAUCAGGAAAUAUGGUACACUCCUGAUGGAGCCCGCAAGUCCUCCUCUCCUGCCAGCACUGGACACUGUUUCUACCAUGGGGAGGUUCUGGGCAUGGAGGGUUCAAGUGUUGCUGUUAGCACAUGUUCAGGACUCAGGGGACUGAUUUCUCUGAACACAAGCGUCAGCUACCUGAUAGAGCCUCUUCCUGCUUCCAUGGAUGCACAGCAACACGCCGUGUUCAGAGCCGAGAGUCUCCAUCUACCCGGAGGUAGCUGCCUGCAUCACUAUGGCAACAAGGAGCAUGAGGAGGGGCUUAACGACUUCAUCCAUGGAAUGAUGUCACCACGGAGCGUGAGGGAAAAAAGGGACCUGAGCCAGAAUAUGAAGUAUGUAGAGCUGCUGAUUGCAGCAGACAAGGCUGAGUUUGAGAAGCAUGGAGGGAGUCUUGAGAAGACCAAAUUGAAAUUACUAGAAGCGGCCAACUUGGUUGACAAGUACUACAAGGCUUUAAACAUUCGUGUGGCAUUGAUUGGUAUGGAGGUGUGGACCAGCCAGGACAUGAUCAACGUGUCAGACAACCCUCACAGCACUCUGGCAGCAUUCCUGUCCUGGAGACGCAAACAGCUCCAUGUGCUCCCCAAUGACAACGCUCAGCUCAUCACGGGGAGGUCUUUCCAGGGCACCACUAUCGGCCUGGCACCUCUCAAAGCCAUGUGCUCUGACUACCAGUCUGGUGGAGUGAACACGGACCACUCAGAAUCAGCUGUGGGUGUAGCUGCCACCAUGGCACAUGAGAUGGGCCACAACUUUGGUAUGAGCCACGACAGUAAAAGCUGCUGUCAGGCGAAAGCUGAAGACGGAGGCUGUAUCAUGGCUGCCGCUACCGGGCAUCCAUUUCCACGUGUGUUUAACGAUUGUAACCUGAAGGAGCUGAAGAGCUACCUGGGCUCUGGAGGUGGGAAGUGUCUCUUCAACUUGCCAAACACCAGAUCCAUGUAUGGAGGGCAGCGCUGCGGCAAUGGUUACCUGGAGGACGGAGAAGAAUGUGACUGUGGAGAAGAAGAUGAGUGCACCAGUCCUUGCUGUAAUGCCAACAACUGCACUCUGAAAGCUGGAGCUGAGUGUGCCCAUGGUGUCUGCUGUCAGAACUGCAAGUUGAAGAGCCCAGGUGUGCUGUGUCGUGCUCCCUCGGGGUCGUGUGACCUGCCAGAGUACUGCGAUGGGAAAGCAGAGUCUUGUCCUGCUAAUUUCUAUUUAGUGGAUGGUGCAUCUUGCGCAGGCGGGCAGGCCUACUGUUACACCGGCAUGUGUCUGACACUGGAGCAGCAGUGUCAGUCUCUGUGGGGACGAGAUGGCCGUCCGGCCCCUGACGUGUGUUUUGAGAAGGUAAACAAAGCUGGGGACAAGUUCGGGAACUGUGGUAAAGAUCUUCUUGGGAAAUACAGGAGCUGUGAGGACAGGGAUGCUCAGUGUGGGAAAAUCCAGUGUUUAACUUCAGCCUCCAAGCCCAUUGAGAACAAUGCUGUUCGCAUAGAAACCACUGUCAAUUUGGGCCAUAAGAAGAUCCACUGCAUGGGAACACAUGUGUACAAGGACGGGCAGGGGCAUGAAGAGGCACAGGGCGAUACUCUGGACCCUGGCCUGGUCAUGACGGGCACCAAGUGUGGUGAUGACUCGAUUUGCUUUAAUGGAGAAUGCCGCAAUGCAUCUUUCCUCAGAGCUGAUGAGUGCAAUGCCAAGUGCCAUGGACACGGGCUGUGCAAUAACAAUCAUAACUGCCACUGUGAUGCGGGCUGGGCUCCUCCUCUGUGUGACCAGAGUGGGUCAGGGGGCAGUGUAGACAGUGGACCUGUCAUCAGCCACAGCAAUCUCCUUCCAGUCCUGCUGGUCCUACCCCUGGUUCUCUUUGUGGUUUUGGCUGCUGUUGGACUGUGGUGCUGCUACAGACAUAAACUUCACCCACUGAAAACCUCUGCUCCACCUCCAGUGCCAAAUUGUUCAGUCCCAGUUGAGGGACAUGCCAACCCGACAUUCUUGCUAAAAAAACAGGAGUUGGGAAAGCCCUCUCCUCGUCCGAGCCCGUCUUGCCCGCCUCGGUCGAGGCAUGCUAUUGUGCGUCCAGCAGUGAAGCCUCCUCCUGUACCUGCGUAUGCUGCAGAGCAGAAACAGCUGAUGGCUCCAACCGAGAUCCAGCCUGUAGCCAAUUCUACUAAGAGACAAUACUCUCCUCAGGCUUACGCUUCACCUCCUCUUAAAUCUGAUCAGAGACUAAACCAGGCUCCUCCACCACCUUCAGGACCUCCACCUUUACCUUCCCUGGAUACCAAAUCCCAUUCACCGCAUUCAGCAGUACCCAAACCCCGACCAGACCCCCCAAACAGACCUCCACCGCCUUGUCCUGUCAACAAGCCAUUUGUGGAGCAGCAACAAAUCAAAGGCCUGCAUGUUACUACUAAUGCCCUGCAACGAGGGAAAGCUGCUUUGGCUCCAUCUGCUGGACAGAAAAAGCCAAACAGAACUUAAGAGCUCAGGGAGAUAUUGGGGACCACCACUUGCAUCCAGUAAUGGACUGCCUCAAACUUCCUUUCUGAAUAUUAACGUGGCACUGUGGGAUAUGAUGAAUACUUGAUUCCUUGUGGAUUACAGUGUACACUGAUGUGUGCUGAGGAAAUUUGUAGAAUUAGUCAUACUACAUAUCACAAUAAGUAUGUUUUAAGUCUUAUGUCUUAAGAUUUAGGCUUAAUCUGUGUUUUAUAAAUUAGCCUAAUGUGUCUGCAACUUGAAACAGCCAGAGCUGUGAAUUUAAGAACUUUUUUUUGUUUUUUAUUGUCUCAAAAAUGAAUAGAAAUGUGAAACUGUUCCGUGUGUACAGCAGUGUUGAUACACUGUUCCGGGAGUAUUUAUUCACAAAGAAAAAUGAAUGUUUACAAUGUAGCCUAUGUACUAAACAUGGUGUCUCAUAAAGAGCAUCAGCUGUAAAGGGAUAUCUUAUAUUAAGAAAAGAUGCCAAUAUUGAAGUGCUUACGCUUCUUUUGUGUGAGUAAGGAUGGGAUUUUAACUGGACUCACAGGGACCAGUGAAAGCCCUUCAUGCAUGCUGUAAGUAUAUGCUUAUGAUGAGAGAUAGAUGUCUGAUAUGUAGCAGGAAAUGUUAGGGAUUUUUGUAGUUGUACUGCAUUAUUAGUUUUGUUUUGAUGAUUUUAUAUUGUGAUGUUGCACUUUGAGUAUCAAAUACUCACCCCCUGAAGGUGUUAAAGGUAGCUGUUAAAAUAUCCUUCUACAAAGUACCAACUAGUAAAAGUCACGUUUCAAGGCUACAGGAGGUGAGUAUUUGAUACCAAAAAAUAUUUUGGGUGAUGUAUCACUUUAAGGUUACCAUUGAUUAAGUUGUCUAGGGUAACAUUUCAAAUUAGGAGCAAAAAUGAAUCAAAUGUAUCAGUUAAAUAUUUCAAAAUUGCACCAUCAAUUUAAAUAAUUUUUCAUGUUGGUCCAAAGAUGUCAAAAAAACAAUGUGGGAGUUCCCUCAUGACCAAAAUGCUAUAAUGCUACUCUUCUAUCUGAGAAGACUAUAUUAUGUGACUGGAGGUAAUAACCUUGGCAUUAUUGUAAGGUACUGUAAACAUCCUGGUCCAUUUGAGUGCUUGGGGCAAAGACCUGGUUUAAUCUGUAAUGUGGAAACACAGUCUGUCAGCUGCCAUGUUUUAUCUUCUUAUCAGACCUAUGCAAAUCCUGACACUGUGCAACACUGUGUCUUCAACUGGAAUUCAAAUACAUGGAAAAAUAAAAACAUGAUAUUAUA